UCCCAACAAAUACUUUCUCUUUAACUGAAAUCAAGAAAAAGAAAGUAAAACAAAAUGGCUUGUAAAGUGAUUAGUGUGACUCUAGCCAUGUUCCUUAUUGUCUCAAUCUGCGGUGGAAGAACCAUGGCUCAAUCAGGGUGCACCAAUGCCCUCAUGGGUAUGUCACCAUGUCUUAACUUCAUUACAGGAAAUACAUCCACCCCAUCAUCUUCGUGUUGCUCCCAACUAGGAAACCUCGUUCAAGCUCAACCGCAAUGCCUUUGUGCAGUGCUAAAUGGGAACGGGAUCACACUCGGUAUCAGUAUCAACCGAACACUGGCUCUAACGCUUCCUGGUGCUUGUAAUGUCCAGACUCCACCGAUCAGCCAAUGUAACGCCGCAAACGGGCCGGGUACAACUUCUACCCCUACCCCGGCUGCUUCCCCUGAAGGAUCUACAAACGAACCAGAUGUAUUGCCAGAAAGCCCAACCGAGUCGGAUUCUCCAUCGGGAUCAGGGUCAAAGACAGAUGGAUUGACACCAAAUGGAAGUGAACCACGAGCACCAGUUCAUCUCUUGGUGUUUGUUCUGUUUGUGGUGACAUGGGCUUCUUCCGCUUCACGUUUCUAAAUUUAUUUUACAUUCUUUGUUCUUCCAAGUGCUAAAGAAGUUUUAUUUCUUCUUUAUCUUGGUAGGUGAUUGUGUGUAUUAGUAGCGAGCAAUUUGUUAUUUUUAUGAGAAGAGAUUGUGUGAUUGUAGU